AGAGUCGCUGCCAUGUCCAGCGAGCAGCAGGCGGUGGUGAUGGACAACGGCUCUGGCCUCUGCAAAGUCGGCCUCUCCGGGGAGUGUUCCCCCCGCUGCGUCGUCCCCUCCGUGGUGGGGUGGCCCCUGCCGCGCCAGCGAAUGGUGGAGCCGCGCUCCUGCUCGUCCAGCACCUCGUCCAGCACCUCGUCACGCUUCUACGUGGGCGACGAGGUGCAGGACAAGAGGGGUGUCCUGUCCGUGCGCUACCCCAUCCAGCACGGCGUCAUCACCUCGUGGGACGACAUGAGCAAGGUGUGGAGCCACGCGUACAAGCGCCUGCGGGUGAGGCCCCACGAGCGGCCCCUGCUCAUGACGGAGCCACCGCUGAACCCGACGCGCAAUCGCCAGCUCAUGGCGGAGACGGCCUUCGAGGGCCUCGGGGUGCCCGCGCUGCACGUGGCGAGCCAGGGCCUGCUGGCGCUGUACGCCCGCGGCGAGACCACGGGCCUCGUGGUGGACUGCGGCGACGGCGUCACCCACUCGGUGCCCGUGUUCGACGGCUUCGUCCUCUCGCACGCCGUCAUGAGGCUCGACCUGGCCGGCAGGGACGUCACGGACCACCUGGCACGCACGCUCCGCGACGGCGGCCACGUGUUCAUGAGCACGGCGGAGAAGGAGAUCGUGCGCGACAUGAAGGAGCGCCUCUGCUACGUGGCGCUCGACUGCGCCAGCGAGGCGGCUCGCCCGCGCUGCGACAUCGAGGCGCGCUACCGGCUGCCCGACGGCGCCGUCGUCAGCGUCCGCGAGCAGCGAUUCCGCGCCCCCGAGGCGCUGUUCCGCCCGGACGCGCUGGGCCUGGAGGCGCUGGGGCUGCACCAGCUCGCCUGGGCCAGCGUCAUGCGCUCCGAGAUCGACCUACGACGCCACCUCUACGGCAACGUCGUGCUCUCAGGGGGCACGACCAUGCUGCCCGGUCUGGACGAGCGUCUCUCAUGGGAGCUGUCCCGCCUGGCGCCGCCGGGCGCCGUCAUCAAGACGAUGUCCUCCCCCGAGCGCCGCUUCGCCGUCUGGAUCGGCGGCUCCAUCCUGGCCGGCCUCUCCGCCUUCUCGACGACGCGGUGGCUGUCGGCCGCCGAGUACCGCGAGGCCGGGCCCUCCGCCCUGCUGCGCUACUGCAGCUGA